UGUGGAGGCCCUUUCUCGCGGGAGAUUUGCAUCUAACAUGGCGGACAACAUGGCAUGCUUUGUUUGAGAAAGCACAAGGUUUCCAUUUUUAUCAGAAUUUCUUAAAGUUUUACGUCAGCUAUGAUACUGUAUUGAUGACAUGGAGAAGUCAGAAGUUCUUAUCAGUGAGGGUAAUGGACUUAUGAGCGUCAAACACCUCGAGGAGAGCUUAAAAGCCGUCUGUUUUAUCCAAGCGGUGAUCCGAGACAAUGUCACCAAAAAAGAGCGCCUAAGGCGAGGAAGUGGUUUCUAUGCCAGUGUUAACGUCAUGGGGAUUCAGCAUUUUGGUAUUUUCACCAAUAAUCAUGUGAUUGAAGCAGACCAUGAGGCCCAGAUGGCUGAAGCCAUAUUUGGUUAUAACAGUAAUGGAGAAGGGAGGAGUGUAAGACUCGAUCCGCAGAUCAUAUUCCGGACAAACAAGGAUCUUGAUUACACCUUCAUAGGAGUCAACAAAUCUGAUUUAGAUUCACUAGCCAUCAUACCUAUCCGAUUUCUACCAGAGCCAGUGACUGUAAGACAAGGUGAUGAGGUGUUUAUUUUCCAGCAUCCAAAAGGCCGACCCAAAGAGUUCAGCCAUGAGAAAAUACUGCACAUAGAAAGACCAUUUGUGUAUUACAGAGCUGAUACAGAGACAGGGUCUUCAGGCUCUCCUGUACUGUGGAAGCUCAAGUUGCUGGCUGUACAUCAGAAAGGCAGUGAUGAAUUGAAUUAUAAUAAAGGGACCCUGUGUAGUGAGAUCAUCUCUCAUCUCAACAAUGGAAAAUAUACCCAACCACAAAUGGUGAUGUUAUCAGAUAGUCAGGACAGGGAAAUUGAUGAAGAAGACCUACCAUCUCCAGCCAAAAGACAAAGAAUGCAACAAGGGAAUCAAUACCUUCCUGGUUCCCCAUCAGAAGAAGAACUUGAUUCACUGGCAAAAGAGAUAGUUAAAGACUGGAAACACCUAGGAAGAAAGCUUAAAGUCCCAAACUGUACAAUUGAAGAGAUCAGCCGUGACCAUGUACAUUACCAAGGCAUGAGGGAAAAGGGAUUUCAAAUGUUGGUUUCUUGGAAAGACAGUGAGUUGUUUAGCUAUGAGACAUUGGGGAUAGCCCUGAAAGCCAUGGACAAACACCAGCUAGCUAGGAAAUACUGCAUGAUGAAAAAAUAACAUACUUCAAUAUAAACUACAUUACAGACUUAAAAGAGUAUCUAUUUAUUAUAUACAUGUUUUACAUGGAAAAUAGGAGCUACAUUUUUUUAUAUUUCUUAACCCAUUUACUAGGAGUAUGGAUUUUAUCGAGAGGUAUAACUUGGUAGGCUCUAUGGUGUAUAUCAUUUUUAAAAUAUUGUAAAAAUAUGUAAAAACUAUUAUGUAAAUCUAUAUAUAACGUCUUUAAAAGAUCUAGUUGCCUUUCAA